AUGUAUUUUUAGAUACUGAUGAAUAAUAUAUUAAAAAAUUCCCAAGGGAUCAUUCUAGUCAAGAACAAUUUCAACUUUUAUGGAAUUUUAUAAUAGCCCUGA